AUGCAUCCUCCACCGGGUCUCUCUCACCCUCCUGGUGUUGUUUGUCGUCUUCGUCGUGCUCUAUAUGGUCUCAAGCAGCCUUCUCGUGUUUGCUCUGAUUCUAGUACUAUUGAGAAGGUCAAGCAUCAUUUGUUUCAGGAGUUCGAGAUGAAGGAUUUGGGGUCUCUUCUUUAUUUUCUUGGUAUUGAGGUUGCUACUUCUCCUACUGGAUAUCUUCUCUCUCAAACUAAAUAUGUCUGUGAUAUUCCUUCUCGUGCCAAUCUCACUGAUGAUAAAAUUGUCGACACUCCUCUUGAGCUGCAUGCUAAGUUUUCUACUUCUGAUGGUGUUCCUCUUGAGGAUCCCACUUUGUAUCGCAAGUUGGUUAGGUGCCUUGUUUAUCUCACCGUUACUCGUCUAGAUCUCUCAUAUGUUGUGCACAUUCUCAGUUAG